CAUUGUUUUUGACAUUGGUGUUGAUGGUUAACUGUGAUUGUCAAGUGCGAGAAUUGCGUGUGACUAUUAUUUAUUUGCGGAUUCAACGUUUGCAGCAAUCCUAUUUGUUGAUUCAAGAUUUUGAAAAGUUUUUUUAUAAUUUUCUAAAUCCUGUACUGCUAAUGGUAGCCUUACAUUUUUAAUUUUUGCGUGUUUACAGUCAUGUCUUGUCAAUUGCCACCUUGUCCGGCUUCAUUAAAACCAAUUCAACAUUAUUUAAAAACAGCAGCUGAACAUGAUGGAAGAGAUCCAGUUAUAAGCUACUGGUGUCGCAUAUAUGCUUUGCAGUCAGCACUAAAGUUGGACAAAAAGUCAGAUGAGGCCAAAAUAAUGUUGAUGAGUUUGAUGGAUUGGCUUGAGAAGGAAAAAAAGAGGCUUUCAGACAACGAAGCAAUAACAAACGAUGUGGCAGCUCAGGCUCAUAUUGAAAAUUAUGGUUUGAAGUUGUUUUUGUGGGCUGACGGCCAAGAUAGAGCUGGGCAGUUCAACAAAAAUGUAGUGAAGGCGUUCUACACAGCUGGUUUUCUCAUGGACGUUCUGAACACUUUUGGCGAACAGACAGACGAGAUCCAGCAGAACUGCAAAUACGCCAAGUGGAAGGCUGCGUACAUACACAACUGUCUGCGUAACGGAGAAAUGCCAGUCCCGGGACCUGUGGGUGGUGACGAGGAAGGAGCUGGUGCGACUUCGGGUUACAAUCAGCCGAGCUUGGGUUUUGACAACAUCUCGCAGCCUAGUCAGCCAACGCCACCGCCUUCAGACUCACCUUACAACCAGCCUAGCAAUAGCAACGCUCCCUCUUACGACUCUAUUCAUUAUCCGACACCCUCUAAUGAAGGGUUCCAUCUCCCUACUCCACCAAGUGGACCAGGCUCCUACCAUAACCUCCCUCAACCUCCUCCCUCCCAACCACAUCCAUCUCCCUCCCCAUCACCUGCUCCUCCCACUCCUCAACCUACUCCCGCCACAUACAACCCGCCCAGAUACGAUCCUGCUGCCAUUGACCCGGCGCUGUUGUCCAACCCGUCUACAAAUGUCAACGGAGUCAAACUCCAGCCAGAACAAAUCUCAAAGGCGCAGAAGUACUGCAAAUGGGCCGGCAGUGCGCUUUCAUACGAUGAUGUGCCUGAAGCCGUAAUGAACCUUCAAAAGGCCCUCAAACUGUUGACUACAGGAGUGGACAGCUGAAUAAUCUACACAGUCGGGGCCUCUCGUAUUUAUUUAUAAAAUAUUUCAAACAGAAAAUAUAUUGAAGAAUUCUUUACUCUUUGCGCUUAAAAUGUUUUGUAUUAUACAUCUUCGGCCUGUUUAGAAUUUUGAGUCGAUACAGUGUAACAAUUUGCUUAUCUAGAAUAAAUAUUAUUUUUUAAUA